AUGCCAGCACUCCCAGCUGGACUUCCAUGCCUGUUGGCAGAAGUCAAAGCUCUGGAGGUACCCCUCUAUACAGCAUACAACAUUGGACCUGUAGAAGAGGCCCUUGUCAUGGGUUGCUUUGGUGGGACAAAUGCAAAGGAUAAAACCAAAAAAGAAAAAGAAGCAAAAAAAGCCAACAGAAAGAUUGAGGAAGACAUCCAAAAGGACAAGAAGCUUUUCAAGUCCACGCAUCGACUUCUUCUCUUGGGUGCUGGUGAAUCAGGAAAAAGCACCAUAGUGAAACAGAUGAGAAUCCUUCAUGUUGAUGGUUUCAGUGAAGAAGAGAAACGGCAGAAGGUGGAAGACAUCAAGAAGAACAUUCGUGAUGCCAUAUUGACCAUAACUGGGAGCAUGACAGUCCUGACUCCUCCUGUGGCCUUAGAACAUCCAGAGAAUCAAUGGCGAGUGGACUACAUCCAAGAUGUUGCCUCUCAGCCUGAUUUUGAUUAUCCUCUUGAAUUCUAUGAGCAUUGCAGAGUCUUGUGGGAAGACAGAGGUGUUCGUGCUUGCUAUGAGAGGUCAAAUGAAUACCAACUCAUCGAUUGUGCCAAAUACUUCUUGGACAAAGUCUCAGUUUUUGCUGAUCCCAACUAUACACCGACUGAACAGGAUAUUCUCAGAUGUCGAGUGUUGACAUCAGGAAUUUUUGAAACCAAGUUCACUGUUGAUAAAGUGCAUUUCCACAUGUUUGAUGUGGGUGGGCAACGUGAUGAGAGGCGGAAAUGGAUCCAAUGCUUCAAUGAUGUGACAGCCAUAAUUUUUGUCACAGCCUGCUCUUCUUACAACAUGGUCCUCAGAGAAGAUCCCAAUCAGAACAGGUUGAGGGAAUCCAUAGAGCUCUUCAAAAGCAUCUGGAACAAUAGGUGGUUGCGGACAAUAUCCGUGAUUCUGUUCCUGAACAAGCAGGACAUUCUCAAAGAGAAGGUAACAGCAGGGAAAUCUCGAUUAGAAGACUGGUUUCCAGAUUUUGCCUCAUAUCAUACUCCACAAGAUGCAAAGGUCGAGGAGGGUGAAACGCCUCAAGUUGUUCGCGCCAAGUAUUUCAUCCGCGAUGAAUUCCUGAGAAUCAGCACAUCAAGUGGUGAUCAAAGACACUUUUGUUACCCUCAUUUCACAUGUGCAGUGGACACGAAUAAUAUCCGACGGGUGUUUAGUGACUGCCGAGACAUCAUCCAGCGGAUGCAUCUACGUCAGUACGAGCUGUUGUGAUGGAUGCAUGCACUGUACGGUAAAUGGCAGUGCGCUUCCUUCCCUCCCUCCUUGCCUGCCUGCCCCAGCUGCCUGCCUAUGUUCACAAAUGUGCACCCCACGGGCGCAGAGCAAACCAACACUACCUUCUACCAGUGGGCAUCCAUGGGGAGUGGUAGAGGAAGUUGAUGAUGAAUUCUGAGCAUAAAUGCAAGAGUGAGCUGCUAAUGUGUGUAUGUGCACACAUGUGCACAUGUGUGUGUGUAUCUGUGAGAGCAUGUGAGUGUGAGUGGGUGGCUGGCUGUGUGCGUGUGUGUGUUGGAAUGCUCCAAGCAACUACCAGUGAUAUAAAAGUCAAGAUGGGAAAGAUAAUGAUUCUGACAAAAAAAAAAAGGGAAGAGAGAAAUUUCUUUUUCUAUAUUUAGUGGAGAUGGAUACUUAGGAGGAGGAGGAGAAGAGAAAGAAAAGGAAUGGUUGAAAUUUUUAAAUGGAAGGGUGGAGAACUGGAGAAGGGAUGGCUGGCCAGGGAAAUCUGAGCAAUGUCAACCUGACACCAUCGAUGUCUGUGAUUCCUCCCCCUGACCCUAGGUCAUACUGACUUGUAAUCCUCUUCCUACGUUGGAUUCUGUGCCAGCAUCUGACUAUUAGAUAUGUGUGCCAUACUUCACUUUCUUUCCCCUUCCCUCUCCUGGCUUUGCUUCAUUUCCCCCUUCCCCAUCCAAUGUGAAGGAUGCUUUGUGAACUAGUCACUCAUGAUAGUCGACAUGGAUUGAUUUUUUAAUUUUAAAUUUUCACAUUUUAAUUGCAAUUAAUGUGAUCAUUGCUAUUCUGUCUCUGUAUUGUAUCCCGUGACUCUAAUGCUGCUUGAAUCCAUCCAUUCUAUGCAAUGGGUGUAGUGGAGAGCAAAUUUCCCCAUCCCCAUGCACCCAAACUGACCAGCAUCCCUUUCGUACGUCUUGCGUUUUCUGACCCGCUCUCACUGCAAUGAGGCACUGAUUGGCAAACAGUGAGCGUGCCUACCACACAUUUAGGAUGUCAAGGGCUGUGUAUCUUGAGAGAGAACCUUUUCUGAUGAAAACGCUUACAGUCAAUGUACACGUAUAAUUGCGAAUAAAUUAAAAUGUCUAUUUAGAACCUUGGCAGGCAGGUCAUUUGCAAUCCUUUCAUCAUGAAAGUCCCCAUUCUUUGGAAUCCUUACACAUCAGAGAACAUUUUCAUGAAUGUUGGUUUUGGUUUGUCACCACAACUGAAUUCCUUGUCCCCCUUCUGGCAGCUGCUGGACUACUUGCGCAGACACAUCGCACUAGGAAUGAC